UUCGACCAGAUCGUAGGCAACUGCAUGCCCUAGCCAGCUGAACAACUAAGCUUAUUUGAGUGAUAUUCUAGGAGGAUUCCUUUUUCAAGGAAGGGUAUCAAAAGUUUAAUCAACCCCAGUGAGACAAUUCCAGCAUUUUAAGGUCGGCGAUUAUUGAUCGUUCAAUUAUCCAGAAUUUUCGGUUGGCAGGUGAAUCCUGUUAAGCUCUGUUACUGCUUAGCUCUUUCAAAACCCACGAUGGCCGUAAAAGAAAGAUCUAGCAUCGACAGCUAACUGAUUGCUAUAUCUGGUUGAAGUGAAUGGUGUGUAGCUGAAGAAUACACCAUAAACUUUACUGAGGUUUUGCUUCUGGAUGAAUGGGCUUGAAAACAUUGCUACUACUGAGUAUAUACCCGCCACAUCUCAGCCCCAUCUGCAUGAUAUCUUCACCGAUCAUUGUCUUCAACACCAAACUUCGUGGUAGUACAUGGAUGUUUUCUUCCUCGCUUUGAUACCUAAGUUCGCGAUUCAAAAUAAGACACGAGAAAGCCGUCGUUUGUUUGUGGCGGUAGCUGGUGUAAUUUCACAUACUAAUAGUACCGCCACAAACAGCACAACUCCAUACUAUUCAUGAACCACUCUAUUAUCCAUCCGCACGGUACCCUAAGAUUGACGUCGACUAACCUCAUCUUUUGAGUGUUAUGCUUAUCAGUACAUGAGGCGAUGGUCACAUAUGGUUUUACUGUUGCUGGAGAUCGUGCAGCAUCAUUGGAAGCGUCGAGCACUACAGCCCGGAAACCUCAAGCCACGCUUGCCUUUGAUAACCGAAUCAGCAAUGAUCUAUUCUGCUCUGCCAUCAAAAUUCAGCAACACCCUACUUUAACGAAGCCAAAGACCGUUGUCAGCGCGUAUGGUUUUACAAGCCCCGCUGUGGCUACCUCAGCGGCCAUAGAGUUUCUGGCAAUGCCCGGAAAUACAUCCGAUUCCAUGAAUAUUACCAUUACGACCAAUCUUAUAGUCAAACCCGAGCAGGCAGGUAGCUACAGCGACUAUGCUAUUGGCAUUGGUAAAUCAGAAUCGAUUCAUCUAUCUGGACGACGCAUGCAAGAUUCAGAAACUGUUAGAGAGCUACGGGACCGCUAA